ACAGAUACAGAUUUGGCUUUUAAAACAGAAUUUCAAAACAAAUAAUUAUUAAUUAUAAGAUUUCAAAACACUCCAGUAUGUCACGCCAGUCAAGACUGGUGCUACUGUUACUCCUCUCCAUAGGGGUUUUUCAGUUAGCACUCACCAGUUCCAUCAAUCCCCUUAAAAUUGUACACGAUGAUGUACCGGACAAUCAAUUGGACCUCGAUGACGAUUUGACUGCUGUAGAAGAAAAGCAUGUGAGAAUUUCAACGCCGAAAGUAAAGGAAACACCCUUGCCCACAACAACAAGUGAAAAGAGUCGUAACGCUAUGGGCAGUAGUACGCAAAAAACUCUUAGUGACAAUAUGUUAAAUGAUUUGAUGGAAGCUUCUAAACAUUCCGAAGCCUUGUCCAAGGAUGAAAGAUUCAAACAGUUAUUGGCUAAAAAAUUAAAUUCAACUGCUAGCACUACAGCAGAACCUGUUGAUGAUUCUUACGAUGAUGAGUAUGAUAAUUACGAUGAUUAUGAUUACGAUAUGAAUUAUGAUCAAUCCAAUAAGAAAGCGAAAAACAAGGAGAAAUUGGCCAAGAAACCCAUUGAAAUGAAACCGAUUAAGGAAGAUAUCAAGACUUCCACUGCUAAAGCCCCCGUUGAGGACAAUAAGGAAUCGAAUAAUAUUGAAUUCCAUGAUGACAACACAGUAAAUGAGGACGAUGAAGAUGAUGAUGACGACUAUGAUGAUGAAGACGAUGAUGAAUUUGAGAAUGACAAUGACAUCAAGGAUGAAGAAGAAGUUGUCUUUAGUGAAGAUGUACCCUGUCCACGUUACUGUACUUGCGAACGUAAUGCCAAUAGUUAUUUGGUAGCCUAUUGUAGUCGCAUUGAUACCGGUACCCAAAAAUUCGGCAAAGAUAUUACUGAUUUAGUGGUAACCGAUGUUGGUCCUAUGUAUCCCAUUUUAUUGGGUCCUAAUUUCUUUGUGGACUUGGGUUUGAAACAUGUUUCCACUAUUAAGAUUGCCAACUGUACCAUUGAGUAUUUGCAUCCGGAUGCCUUCAAUGGUUUGGAUGAAUUAUUCUCGGUCAAUUUCACCAACGUUGGUUUGGCCAUUAUCAAUCCUGAUACUUUUGCCAAGAACAAGAAAUUGCGUUUGUUGACCAUAUCUGGCAAUGAUUUGAGUGUUAUGUCUAGUGUUCAUUAUUUGUUGAAGUCUUCCAGCAUUGAAGAAUUGGAUUUAUCACGCAACAAUUUAAUGGAACUUAAUCCCAAUGCCUUCUCCCAAUUGACCAACAUUAUUUACAUUAAUUUGUCUCAAAACAAUUUACAGAAAAUCCCCGAAGGUGUCUUUGAUAAAUUGGAAACUAUUGAAGAAUUAGAUCUUUCCUAUAACUCUUUGAAAACUUUGCCACCCACCAUCUUCAACCAAACCGCUUUGGCUAUUUUACACUUGAAAUACAAUUCCAUUACUAAUGAUUUGAAAUUCGGUACUUCCGAUUUGCAACAAUUGGACUUAAGUUUCAAUCAAAUACACACUGUUCAUCAUGGCAUGUUCGAUAAGAUGACUGGUCUAACAAAUUUGAAUUUGAAGGGCAAUGGUUUGACCAAGAUACAACCCGAUUCCUUUAUGACUUUGAAGAAUUUGAGACACAUUGAUUUGUCCAUUAACGAAUUGGAUCAAGUGUCAAGCAUGAUCUUCUUUAAGAAUUCUGAACUGGAUGUGAUUAGAUUGAAUGACAAUCCCAGAUUGAGUCAAUUGCCUACUGAUGGUUUCCGCAGUUAUAAUGGUUAUUUCACUGUUUACUAUUUGGAUAUAUCCAAUUGUGCUAUUGGUGCCUUGGGCCAUAAGACCUUCUCCACUAUGCCUCAUUUGGCCACUUUGAAAUUGGCCUGGAAUAAUAUUAAUAACUUGGAAAGAGAUACUUUUGCCAGUUUGAAGAAAUUGAUUGAUUUGGAUUUGAGCAAUAACUUAAUUGCCAAAUUGGAUGAAUUGAUCUUUAUGAAUAACAACGACUUGACCAAAUUGAAUUUGGCUGGCAAUCCCAUACACAAACUCUCCGUACGCCUAUUCUUGCCCUUGAGUAAAUUGCGUGAAUUGGAUGUUAGCGAUUGUGAAUUGAAGACCCUGUUGACCGACAACCAAUUUGGUGUGGGACGCAAAUACAAAUUCUAUGAAACUUUGAAAUCAUUCAAUGCCUCCUCUAAUCAAAUACACAAAAUACACUCCAAUGAUGUGCGCAAUUUCAAGAACUUAAGAAGCCUAGACAUUAGUCAUAAUCCCUUGAAAUGUAAUGAAGAUUUCCAGGACUUUAUAAGCUAUGUUUCUCUUAAUCACCAAUUGAUGCCACACUCUAUGCCCACUUUGGCCAAUUUGGAAUUGGGCGAUAGUCAACAGAUUGAAAUACAAAGUCAAGCCGGUUGGGCUUCUUUGGCUCAUGAGGUCUGCAAACAUGAAGAUUUGACACACAAAAAGAAUAUGGGCGGUAAUAAGUUCGAGAAACGUUUACAAAAGGCCGAUAAGGAUUUGGAUGAAGAUGCCAAGAACUUAUUGAACAUUAUGGAAAAUAAUAAAUUGCAAAAGAUUUUGAAGGAUUCACAUCAUGAGGUCUUAAUGAAUGAGGAUGAUAUUAAUGCCGCCGAAGAGGAGAAGGAUGAAGACGAAUCUGAGUAUGAUGAAGAUGAUGGUGAAGACGAUGAUGACGAGGAUGACAAUGCUGAUAAUAAUCAAGAUGAUUACGAUGAUUAUGAAAAGAAGGCUGAAAUUUCCAAAAAGAUUAUCGAUCAUGGUAUACGUGUAGAAGAGAUCGAUUUGAGUAAAGAAACCAAUGAUCGUUUCUUAUUGGAUAAAUUUAUUGCCGAUCGCAAAAAGCAUUUGGAGCACAACGAUGACGAUGAGGAAGAUGAUGACGAAGAGGAUGAUGAUGAUGAUGACAAUGAUGAGGAAUACAUUAUUGAACGUGGUCACAUUUACUAUAGUGGUUAUAAAUUCUUAGUGCCCAUCAUUAUAAUAAUCACCAGUGUGAUUAUAUUACUCAUAGUUAUUGCCAAAAUCAUAUCGAUGAUUAUGCGCAAACGUGGCGAACGUUAUCGUAUGUCACUAUUACAGGCUCAUACAAAUUCCAUUGUAUAUCAAAAACUUACCGAAGACAUUAAGCCACCCAAAGAGCCUAAACAACCUAAAGUACAUCAAUAUACUCCCAUCAAUCAAGUUUAGAAUCAAUAAUACACACACAGAA